AUGUCCUGGUUAGGCAAUCCUGAAGGCGACCCCGAUCCGACCUUUGUCGAUCCAAACCCCAAGGUGCCGGACCCAAGCAUUCCGGACCGCAUGGUGUCCACGAAGAGAGCAAACAAGCCGUUCCUUGUAUACAAGGAGUAUCGCGAUCGGCAGGCGAAGCUCCGGGAGGAGUGGCUCGAGCGCAAGAAAGAGCGCGAGGAGAAGUUGGCGCGAGGCGAGGAGGUAGGACCCGAGGAACCCGAUCCGACCUACGAGCCCGAAGUGGGCGUUCUGGGUCUGAUGAAAUUUCUGGUCUAUGUCCUGCUGUUCAUUAUUUGCACUGGUAAAUUCGUUACUGGCGACUGGAUGUGGGGCUACGACAGUAAAUGGUUACGGGUCAAGACGUAUUUCCCGGAGCAAGAGAGGCUGUUCUCCGAAAGCUUCUUGGCCAGGUUUGACGGAUCACAAGAGCUACUGCCCCUUUACCUCGCUAUCGACGGCGAAGUAUAUGAUGUGUCCAGUAAUCGCCGUGUGUAUGGUCCCGGCGGUUCAUAUCACAACAUGGCCGGGGUUGACGCCGCUCGCGCAUUUGCGACCGGCUGUUUUGCACAGCACCGUACUCACGAUCUCAGAGGGUUAUCUGAAGGCGAGCUUAAGAGCGUGCAGCACUGGAAGGACUUCUUUGCGAAUCACAAGGACUAUAGCCGCGUAGGCCGUGUUAUUCACAAACCCAUUGACCCUAUGAGCCCCGUUCCGGAGCCCUGUAGGCCUCCGAAGGCAAAGAAACCGGAUAAACCGCCAUCGAAGAGCGCGUCCAGUUCUUCCGCGGCUUCAGACAAGGCGUCAAAGGACGCUGGAAAGCAUCAGGAAUUGUAG